GCAGGCACUGUGUGCUGGGGCAUGGAAACGCUGGGGUGCAAAUUUAGCAGAAGCCACUUGGCUGGUUAGGAGCAGAGGGUCUGACAGCCAUCUGGGCCCUGCUCAAGGCCCCUGCACACUGUGCUGGAGGGAAGCAGCUGGGGAAGGCAGAGGGGUUGCUCCUGCCUUGGGAAAAGGCAAAGCCAUGUGUGAGAGCAGCUGUGGUGGCGUUUGGCUCUCCAUCAGGGCGAAACCACCACAAACACCUGUGGGACUGGGACCCGCACUAACACCAAAGCAAAGGGAACUGCUAAAGGGGGAUUUCCUGACGGUGUCCCUGCAGACACUUGCACCAACGGGGCAGCAGCAGCUAUUCUGGGCGGUCAUGGGGGGCCAGCAUAUAAAUAGCCCGUGGGACGCAGGCAGGGGUUGCUAUAAAAAGCCCCAACAGGCAGCUCGAGUGUCCUGCGCACCGAGCGGAGCAGAGGUAACAACUCGCUGCAGCUCCAGGGCUGCUGGGACCGGGCUGGGGGGGACCUGGGGGUCUGCAGCCGGGCACCGGGGUCCUUCUGCGCAUGGAGCAGCUCGCCCUGGGCUGGGUGCUGCUGGCCAGCACCCUGUUUGGCACCGCAGCCACUGGCAGCAGGCGAGACCUCGAGGCCAUCAAGGAGGUGGCGAUGGACAUGGUCCUCAGCUCCUUUGACGACCAGUACCAGGGCUGCAGCCGCAUGAUGGAGAAGGAGCUGGAGGAGCUGAACCGCACCGAGUUCGCCAACCCUGACUACGCGGAGGGCUGGAGGGGUGCAGUGACGGAGUGGAGGAAUCGAUGGGGCCGUGCCACCCGCCCGCAGGCGCUGCGGCAGGAGCAGGCGAUGGCCGUGCUGGCGUACACCGCCGAGAGGGGCCUCUACAAGCAGUUCAACACCGCCGUGCGCGAGGGCGGGCGCUCCCGCGAGCACUACCUCCAGUCCUUCCCCUUCAAGACGCUGCAUUUCCUCCUGACCAAGGCCCUGCACACCCUGCGGGAGGCCCAGGGCCACAGCUGCCACCGCGUCUACCGCGGCAUCAAAGGCACCCGCUUCACAGCCCAGCUCCGCCAGACCGUCCGCUUCGGCCAGUUCACCUCCGCCUCCCUCCAGAAGAAGGUUGCUGAGUCCUUUGGCCAGGACACCUUCUUCUUUUUGGAUACCUGCUACAGCGUCCCCAUCAAGAACUUCUCCUUCUACCCUGGUGAGGAUGAAGUCCUCAUCCCACCCUAUGAGGUCUUCAAGGUCACCAACUUCACCCGUGACAGAGACGGAAACUUCAUCCAUCUCCACUCCCAGACUGCGCUCAGCACCUACAACUGCGAGUUUGUGAAGGGCACGAGCAGUCCCAGGGAACCCCCACACCUCUGGAGUCUCCUCUUGGCAGCCGCAGCCCUGGCAGCCGUGGGACGCCUCUAACCCAGCUAUGCUGCUGCUGCACCUCCGCAAGGAAAACGGGGCAGAAACGUGAGAACACAUUUAAUGGACACUGUGGGAUUUCGCUUUCCUCUGCCAGAUGCUUUCUGCUCCAGCAGGAGCGGUGCCACCGGCCCCAGGAUGCUCCGGUGGCCCUAGAACACCAGCAGAGGCUGGAGGAAGCCUUUUCCUGGCUUUUGCAGAGAAAUAAAAGCACUGCUGGAGGA